GAAAUUCUCUCUCUAAAAACUCUAUUUUCUCUCUCUAAAUAUUGAUUCAUAUAGUCUUGAGUUGGCAGAUUUUGUGUAGAGGAGAAACAAAAAAGAAAUCUCUUGUUUUCGAUUUGGGUUUCUUGGAAAAUCAUCAAACAAGAGAAAGCCAAGGAUUUUCUUUACAGUAAUAAAGUAAUUAAAGAGAUCGUUCUCUCUCAGACCCGAUAAAGAACAAAAAGGGCUUGUUUGGAAAAUAAGUUUAUUUGAAAUGGUUUUGAUGUGCGAGAUUUCGAUUGUCACAGAAGACAAGGUUGAAGAAGGCGAGUGGGAGAAGGAGAGAUAACACAGACCCAUACAAAGCCAAGUUCGCAGAAAGAAGUAGACACAAAAAAUAAAAAACCAAAAAUAAAAGAAAAAGAAGGAUUGGGGUUCAUUUUUUGUUCUUCUUAUUAUCUGCUUCUGCUGGGUUAUUGGCAAUGUCAACAACAAUAGUAAGCGAUCCAAUGGUGAUAUCAGCCCCAGAAAGCCAAGCAUCGGCGGCCGCAAAACUGGUUGUUCAAACCGAAAUCGAGUUCGCCAAAUGCGACUGCUGUGGAUUAAUAGAAGAGUGUACACCAGCCUACAUAGAGCGCAUCCGUGAGCGAUUUCAUGGCCACUGGAUUUGUGGACUAUGCUCCGAGGCUAUCAAAUAUGAGAUUGUUAGGUCCAAGAGGCUACUUAGCACUGAAGAGGCAAUGGCUAAGCACAUGAACUUCUUCAAGAAAUUUAAGGCCUCUGGCUCUACUCCUCCGCCUGAUCCUACGGUCCACCUAAUUUCGGCCAUGAGACAACUUCUACGUCGGAGUUUGGAUUCUCCGAGGGGUUUGAGAUCAACCCCAAGCAGCCCCAUGUCCAAAAUCGACUCGGAAAUUUGUGGUCCGGGCCUAACUAGAUCGGAGAGUUGCUUUUCUACUUUGACUGGUUGAUGUGGAGUUAGGGUGGUGUAGGAAUAAGAAUAAAAGUGAUAAAAAGUUCUUUGUGGACUUGGAAAUUCCAUUGGAAAAAGCCCAGAAAACUUUAUUGAAAAAAAACACUAGAUUUCUGAUCAUAUGUAGUUUGUACUAGUAGUGAUCAAUACCAAAAAUCUUUUUUUUUUUA